UCAACUGUUUAUCUGUGUUUGCUAACGGUGGUUGCUGAGUGAGUGUAUUUCAAUCGCUUCUUAUCUUGCUCAACAAGACGUGCCAAAUAGCUAGCUAGUAGCUCAGGCUACACAUUGAUGCCCCGGUCAGUGAGUCCAGAUGCAUGAGUCUGGGUCAGAACAGACAGCCUGCACCAGUCCAGCCAAUCAGACGGAGAAUGGGGACAGUGCUGAGAAGGAUGAUUAUCUGAGUGCUAAGCCACUAACUCCAGAGGGUUCUGGGGCUGACAGUCAGCAGCAAAACCAGGUUACAGUUUCAGUGUCUAUGAUGACCCCUCCGGUGGAGACUCCUCAGCAGACACAGCAGCAGGUCCUCAACCCACAGCAGAUCCAGGCCCUGCUCCAGCAGCAGAAAGCACUCAUGUUACACCAGCAACACAUACAGGAUCUCUGCCAGAAACAGCAGGACCAGUUCAACGCCCAGCUCCUACAGCAGAAGCAUGCUGGGAAGUCAGGCCAAGAGCAGCUAGCUGCUCAGCACAUGGCUAUCCAGCAGCAGCUCCUGCAGGUCCAACAGCAGCACCUCCUUAGCCUCCAGAGACAGGGUCUCCUGUCUGUCCUGCCCUCCAUGAGCCCCUCUGCAGCUCAGGGUUUAAUGAAAGGGUGUGAGAAUGGCACCAGCCUGCUCUCUGGUGGUGAGAAUCCAGCUACUCUUCAGAAGAACCUGCUCCACAGUCAGCAUUCCACCACCAAUGGGAAUCAUCCAUCACAGAUCCUAAAGAAGAAAGACAGUGGGCCUGUGGAUAAUCACACACAAAACACUCACCCUCUCUAUGGACACGGCAUGUGCAAAUGGUCUGGCUGUGAGGCUGUCUUUGGAGACUUUCAAGUUUUUCUCAAGCAUCUGAACAGUGAACAUACACUGGAUGACAAGAGUACAGCACAGUGUCGAGUGCAGAUGCAGGUUGUUCAGCAGCUAGAACUGCAGUUGAAAAAAGACAAAGAGCGUCUGCAAGCCAUGAUGUCUCACCUCAAAUCCUCUGAUCAAAAGUCCAAACCAGCAACCCCAAUGGGGAAUCUUGUGCCCAAUGUCUCCAUCUCCCAGGUGACAUUUCCCAAGGUGCUUCCUUCCAUGAGCUUGUCUCAAAAUGCCACUGCUCCUUCUACACCCCUGACACCACCCCCAACCUCCUCCUCUAUCCUCCCUCCCCACACCCUGCUCACUGUGAGCCCUGGAAGGAGAUGGUACUCAGACAGCAAGACCAUGAAAUACAGCAAGACCAUGAAUCAAGAUAUUGUUCAGAAUAAAGAAGCUAGACCGCCAUUUACAUAUGCAGCCCUAAUAAGACAGGCAAUAUUUGAAUCCCCCUAUAAGCAGCUGACACUAAAUGAAAUCUACAAUUGGUUCACGCGGACAUUUGGAUAUUUUAGACGCAACGCCGCAACAUGGAAGAAUGCAGUGAGACACAACCUCAGCCUCCACAAGUGUUUUGUGCGAGUGGAGAAUGUAAAAGGAGCUGUGUGGACAGUUGAUGAGAUGGAGUUCCAGAGGAGAAGGCCCCAGAAGCCUGCUGGUGAAGGGUCUCUCAAGAGGGAGAACACUGACCAUGGUCACUGCUCAGCUUUCCUUACUCCUAAGCAGGAGGAGAUGAAUGCAGCUCUCUGGUAUGGGAAUGGAUCCUACAGUGACAGCAGUGAAGAGCAGUACCCAAUUCACCCUCUCGUGAAAGAAGAGCUAAUGGAUGAGGAGGCAUAUGAGAAUGUGCCCCAUGACUGUUCAGAGACUGAGAGCUCUGAUGAGCACAGCUCAGAUGUGGACCAAGACGGCGGUAGCCCAGAGAGACCCAACAUGCAGCUGGCCCAUGUGCCUUCGCAGUGAAAGGGACUGUUUUCAAACCUGUCACUCUCCACUGCAAGACUCCCACAUUGGACAACUAUGAAAUAUACCAAAUUAAUAUAGAACUGCUUCAUAUCAAGUGGAAAAACACACAUUUUCUGUUGAGGAAAUAAAUUACUAUUUUAUUUAUUGAGGAUAUUUUGUCCUCGCUGUUGUAUUGGGUUUUAUCCACCUGGAGCUCACGUUGAAGACAAGAGCUGAUGGCGGAACCUUUGUAACACCCCUUGUCCUCAAAUAAUGCAUCCCUAUCGGCUUAUUGUGAGGCUGUACAACCAAUGACGAAGCCCUAUGGGGAGCUGGCUCAGUGAUGCAGAUAUUUUUACAUUUUCUUUCAAGAAUGUGUAUAUCAAUAACCAGAGCAUUGGCAAUAUUUAUGGACAGCACUUCAUGAAGAUGAAUCUUUGUUUUCUCCCCCUAAUUCAUUUUUAUAUGAGAGUACCAGACAACCACCAAAUUGUAACAAGUUGUUUUGUUUGACAUGAUAUCCUUGAGAAUUAGUUACUUUUAAAAGGGAGCUGUACACUGCCAAAAAUAUGAUUUAUGUGUAACCGAUCUGUUGGGAUAUUAUUAUUUAUGUAGCCUAAUAAUCGUAUUUUUUUCCCCCCACUAUCCCAAACAUGGCUUUUUGGACUUAUUUAGUGUUGUAUCAUACAUUGCCAUAGUUGUGCACUAAAUGCUGUCUCUAAUACAUUCCGUAUAAAAAGUGUGUGGCGAA